AUGUACUGGUCCUGGAUCUGUCUCACUGCCUCCACUCUUUACGCGACUGCUGUCUCCGGCGGCAAGGUGCUUGUUUACCCGAUAGAUGGGAGUCACUGGGUGAACAUGGAAGUCAUCAUCGAGGAACUACACUCCAGAGGCCACCAGGUCACCGUUGUUCGAACAAAUGACAGCUGGUACAUCAAGGAAAAGUCGUUGCUCUACACCUCCAUUACUCUCGACGCGGAGUCGGGCUUCGGGAAAGAUUUUAUCACAUCGUUUGUGGAGCAGUUACUGAAGAUCCAGCGGGAAGGAACCACCGCUUGGAGUCGUUUUAAACUGGAAAUGGAGCAAGCGGAAAAAGCCUCGACGUUACAUGAAAAAACGGGGAAAUUACUGCAGUGGAUGUUUGAAAAUGAAGACUUGUUAGAGUCGUUCAUAAAUGCAAAGUAUGACCUUGUUCUGACAGAUCCUGGUCUACCAGGCGGUGUCAUUCUAGCCCGUUACCUGAAACUACCUCUGGUUUUUAACGUGAGGUGGACCAGUCACGGCGAAGGCCACUUUUCCAUCGCACCGUCCCCUUUGUCUUAUGUACCCAUGACCGGAACAGGACUUUCUGAUAAAAUGAACUUUUUUGAACGAGUUUUUAACGUUCUGUUUUUUGUCUUUGGCGAAUACCAAAUUUCGAAGUACAUCAAACCGCAUUACGAAGAAUUGAUUCAAACGUAUUUCGGCCCGGAUGUUAGCUACGACUCUUUGUUCCAAGCAGCCGAUUUGUGGCUUAUGAGAGCGGAUUUUGUGUUUGAGUUCCCUCGCCCUACCAUGCCCAACGUCAUCUACAUGGGAGGGUUUCAGUGUAAACCUGCAAAGACUCUACCCGAUCACUUGGAGGACUUUGUGCAAAAUUCCGGAAAACAUGGAUUCGUCGUUAUGUCUCUGGGUACUUUAGUAAGCGAACUCCCUGCCGACUUAGCAGAUACGAUAGCGGCAGCUUUUGCUAAGAUACCUCAGAAGGUCAUUUGGAGGUAUAAAGGUGCUAAACCUUCCACUUUGGGGAACAAUACUCUUCUGGUGGAUUGGAUUCCACAGAACGACCUUCUUGGACAUCCAAAGAUAAAACUCUUUGUAGCUCACGGAGGAACAAAUGGCGUCCAGGAGGCUAUUUAUCACGGUGUUCCCAUUCUCGGACUUCCGCUUAUUUUCGAUCAACGAGACAAUCUUUUCAGGAUUGCCGUGAAAGGAGCAGGGAAGGUCUUAGAUAUUUUCACCAUGGAUCAACAUAUGUUCUUCCAGGGGUUACAGGAAGUGCUGACUGAUCCGUCCUACAGGAUCAACAUGCAGAAACUCUCCAGGUUGCACAAAGAUCAGCCCAUCAAGCCACUGGAUAACGCUAUCUUCUGGAUCGAGUUUGUUAUGAGACACAAAGGUGCAGGUCACCUGAGAACCGAGUCCUACAAGCUACCCUGGUACGCGUACUACUCCGUGGAUGCGGUUCUCUGCUUGGGUGCUGUGGUACUCGUUAGUGUUGUUUCUCUAAGUGCCUUCAUUUACUGUCUUUGCUCCAAAGUGUGUCUGAAAACAAAAUGUAAACGGGAUUGAAAAGUCAUUUAAACUGGAAAUGUGAUACGUGAAUCGAAUUAUAGACUGCGGAAAUUUUACCUGAUCAAGAAAUUUGGUGUGCCAAAAACCAGGACAUAAUGACCAAGGAAAAACAUGGAUCAGGAAAUUGGGUAAUUUAUUGUUGUCUGAAACUUAAAGAGGGCUGCACAGCGGUCGAGUGGUUAGCACGCAGACCUCACAGCUAGGAGAACCAGGGUUCAAUUCCAA